CCGUGAUAAUUAUUGGUACUUUUAUGGAUGCUUUGAAUGCACUGAUUAUGGUGACCUUCAAGCAAACAAAUUCUGAUACUGAUGAGGAAACAAAUUCUGAUGGUGAAACAAUUUUGGAACUUAAUGAACAACAACUACUACAAAAUGACAUUAUAGUACAAAUUCAAAUAGUGGCAGCUGGGGAUGCAAAUGUG